AUGAUGAGCUCUCAAAAUGUUGUUUCUAAAAUGAAUAAAAUAAGAUUAUUGUAUAUUGAAGCAAAUAAUAAAAUUAAUGAUCAAUUUGAUAACCUUACUACAAUUUUUACUUCUAAAAACUCGACUAUUACGCCUGCUGUAUCUAUUGGAACCAGAUUACAAAUACAAGAAAAAUUAAAAGCAAUGCGAGAGAUAGCAGUAAACAGUAUAAAUAAUAUAUUUGAAAAUGGUAUUCAUCUUUUACCAUAUAGUGAUAUACAUUCUUCACGUUAUUCAAGUUCAAGAAGAUUUUCUCGAAAUAUUGUUGAAUUUUUAGAACAAAGUUUUAGUCAAAAUAAUUAUCCGACAGAUUUUGAAAAGGCCCGCUUAGCGAAAUCCUGCAAUUUAACUAUUAAACAAGUUAAUAAUUGGUUUACUAAUAAGAGAAAUAGGAAUAAGAUGUACCAAAACUGCAAUAAAUAUUAA